GCGCUGUUUUAACAGGUGUUUUAACAAAAUUCUAGUCUUGAUAUAUUUAUAUCUGUGAAGGAAGACUCAUUCACAAGUUGUUUUCUUUUCAACGAUGACAAAAAUCAAACGCAGCAUCCAGCACUAUUUUAAAGUUGUCCCCUCCGGAAGGAAACCAGUAACACCUAGGGAAAGCACCAUCGAACAGAAGGAGAUCAUACUUCUGUCUUCUGACGAAGAAACCGAAGCAGAGAAUAGGCUAGACAGUUCAGCAUUGUCUAAAUUAAGGUCAGGAAGAGCUCGGAAGACUAUGAAAAAAGUGAUGAGAAGUAGUGAUGAUUCAGAAAGCGAAACAUCGUCUGAAGUCAUGGAUGUCACGGAAACCACUGAAAAUUCAGCAGAAAAGCGACCACUUAAUGAAAAUGAGGAAUGUCUAGACUCACAAGACGUCCAACCAGCCAGGAAAAGGAGAUCUACUUUGAACCGCAUUAGUGAUUCUGAUGAUGAAAAUGAUGAAGGGAGCGACAAAGGAGCAGCUGGUGCUGAUGGUUCAUCGGAAACACAGCGAACUGAAUGCAGUCAAGUGCAGUCGCAAAAUACAGAUGAAUAUAGUCCAGGCACAGAGUCCAGUGAAUACUCGUCGGACAGUUUUGUUACGGAUGCUGAGCCUGAAAUUGAUACCGAUGAAGUAAAUUCGAUAAUGCGAGAAUAUGAACCUCCCGAUCCACGGCAUCUUUACGAAAACACCAAAAGCAAAAAGAAAUCUACAAAAAAGCAAAAAAAGGUGUCAUACGACGACAAUCAGGAAGUGAGCAUCCACAAAAUAGACCUAAAUCACUAUGACUUGACGGGGAAGUCUGUCAAAGAUAUAAUCGAGUUUAUCGUGGAUAAAUACAACAAAGGCAAGGGUAGCAGCAUCGGCGAAACAAAAACCAGUUUCGAAGUAAAAGUGGUGCAACAUGAACCUGUCGUGAAACCUGAAGACGAAGAACACUUCAAAGGAGAUCGGUUUCGCGUUAAAGUUUAUGUUCAAAAAGUAGCGCGGCAAAUUUCAUUGCUACAUUCGUACGGCAUCAAGGAGAAAGCCACAACCAUUCACUCUCUAAUAUUUCACUACAGAGAAAAUGAAUUGUUUGCCAUCACAACGAAUCAAUCGUGGAACGUUGUCCAAUGGUGUUCCGAUUUCGAAUUUCCCGGCAAAAUUGCGGCUCGCAUUUUGAGUAAAGACGGCAAAUUGCAGUCGACCAAUAAAGGACUGGUGGGAACGGAAUUGACUCGCAAGACAACACACAAACAGCAAAAGAAAACCAAUCCACACGAUCUGCUAACACUAUGCGUGCGAUAUACAGCGGAACUACGAGAUAAUGCAUCGAUUUUGAGAUUGUCGUGCUUCCAAAAGGCUACUCCGGUUCCGGUUAAAGAAAAUAGUGACGAGGACAAUAUAGAGGAUAGAGAGGAGGUGGGGGAAGAGGUUGAGGAGGUGGAGAAUGUGGAGGAGAUGGAGAAUGUGGGAGAAACGACAGAGUCGAAAAAACCAAGUUUAACUAAAGGAGCAAAAGUCACUGUAUCACUCGGCAACAUUCGUAUACUUAAGAGGCUCUCAACCUCAGACAUCCUAAGCGUUUUAAGUAUUUUGUCUGAAAUAUCAAACGGCAAGGAAACCUAUGAUUUAAACGGUGACAUCGAACAAAACUCAACGGCACACAAUAAAUACUUGACUGCUGUUCACACCGAACGGGCCAAUCAAUUAAACCUUUACCUGAGUGAGAUAAUUCACGAUGCAAUAGCUGAUGAUAAUCGAAUGGCUGAAUUGGACAAUUAUCAACUGUGCCACAAACACUCGUCAGAUUUCUUCAGUGGCUGCGAAUUCAAAUUGCUCUACAAUAAAGAUGUAAUCAAAGAAUUUAGUGAAAUCCCAACAAUCAAACAAAUCGUUGUCGAAUUGAGGCGGGUCUUAGGACAACUUUCGGCAGGAACGUCCGCCCAAGUUUUUCUCCAGCGUCUCAACAAUGCCAAAAUGUCUUACCGGUAUGGUACGAGCCGUAAAGAGAAAAAACCGGAAAAGCUAAUGAAUUUCAUCGACGGACUGUUGUGUCAUUCAAAGGACAACAGUGUCUUCUGGCACGUUAUGGGAAUGUGGUGCCACGUCCAAGAUGGCUACAUAAAUUUGGUCCACAAUCAAUUCGAAAAAAUCCUGAAAGAUUACCUGCUGACUGACAAGAAGGAUCCAGCAUAUCUACGGAUUCAUUGGCCGAAUAAUGAAAACUUGAGCCCCGACGCUAAGCUGAAAAAAUAUCUGGAAACAUUCUCCAAAUUUCCGAAUGCUUGGACGUCUGACCAACCGGAACGGGACAUCUUUGACAUGAUACGAAUAACGAAAGACAGCGAUGGAAAGCAUGUAUUUUUCGUCUACUACUUUCUGCCCGAUCUCAACACCAAGACCAACAUCAAAUGCAAUCGUGUUGCGGAGUCGAUAAUGCAAAUCGGAAAGGCCAACAUGCAAAGGCAAAAUCAGAACGUAGAUGUGGCUGGCAGUGAAGAUGUUCGAGUACAGUUAAACGAUGUCUAUCGAAAAUUGUCGCAGAAACCUGAUAUCGAAAGAAUUUGUCCGGACUUUAAGCAAUUCCUGCAGAUGAUGACCGAAGCAAAGUUUUAUUUGGCCAUCGGAAGGGAUGUGACUGCAACUUCCAUUGAAGUUCCAAGCCUUGCAAACGAAAAGGAAAUGCGCAAAGAAAUUACCACCGGUGACAUCGGCAACAUUUUGGAAAAUCUAAUCGACGCCAAACGUGACGAUGAUUUGAAAAUGUUAAAACGCGCUGCCUCGCAUUUAGGUGAAAAGUUCGACAAGUGUGUUGGCCAACAAUUGGCUCAAUUGAUUCAUUCUCGACUAAGCGAACACGAGUACAUUGAAACGAACGGAAAUGCAAUCAGAGGUAAACUGUUGAGCAUCGGCAGGAAUAGUUUUGGAAUCACCGAUAACGCAGGCGUAAAUAGAUUUUUGUACGACAAAGUCAUUUCCAAAUUUCAACCACGAGCGUGUACGGUUCUAUCAAAGUCGGGAUUUAUUCUUUUUCAUCAAGAGAUUUCAAAGCUCACCAUUACAUCGUUCAAUCUUAUGGAAAUACCACUGCAACAGUAGUAACGUUGAUUAUAACCUCUCCCAGAAUUGUAAUUAUUGAGUUUUUUACGGUUCGGUUACUACACAAUCUUCUACUUCAUUAAUGUUAACAUUUACGACAUAAAUCAAAUAAACUUUGAGG